AUGGAAUUCCUAAAAAUCAAUCUGGAUGAAGUUGCCUCUGCUUUUCAUGAAGCAAAACGUUUUGGAAAAAGAUGCAAAGAAGCUCCUGAUAAUGCGAUUAAAGUUAAGCGAUGUCUCAAAAAGUUCCCAAAGUUUCAAACAUACGUGCUCUCGUCAGGGAGUGGUUGCAUUCAUGAAGCUGUUUAUCCUGCUGGUUGUGCACUCAGUGAAUUGAAGAAUGUUGAAAAUCCUGCAAGGACUUACCCUUUUGCUUUGGAUCCAUUUCAGCAACGUGCUAUUUUAUGCAUUGAAAACGAGCAAUCUGUCAUGGUAUCUGCCCAUACAUCUGCUGGUAAAACUGUGGUUGCUGAGUAUGCAGUUGCUAAAAGCCUGAAGCAGAAUCAGCGCGUUAUUUACACAACACCUAUUAAAGCCCUCAGCAAUCAGAAGUUUCGCGAGUUUUCUGAAAUUUUUAAAGAUGUUGGUCUGAUGACUGGAGAUAUAACCAUCAACCAAGAGGCAACUAUUCUUAUUAUGACAACAGAAAUAUUGAGAUCCAUGCUGUACAGAAGCUCAGACGUAACACGUGAGGUUGGCUGGGUUAUUUUCGAUGAAAUUCAUUAUAUGAGGGAAAAGGAACGUGGCGUUAUCUGGGAGGAAACCAUUAUUUUAUUACCUGAUAGUGUUGGGCUUGUUUUUUUGAGUGCGACAAUUCCAAAUGCUCGAGAAUUCGCUGAAUGGAUAGUGUUUUUACAUCAAAAGCCUUGUCACGUUGUUUACACAGAUUGUCGCCCUGUUCCAUUGCAACACUAUGUUUACCCAUGUGGUGGAGAUGGAAUUCAUUUGGUAGUCAAUCAGAAUCGUGAGUUUAUUGAAUCUAACUUCAGUGCUGCUGUGAAUGCUCUACAAAAUGCCGCUGGCAAUUCAGUUUCUGAUGUGAAAUCCCGCGGACGUAACGGUGGCAGUACGCGUUCUCAGCCAUAUUGCUCAAAGUUAGUCAAGUUGGUAAUGGACCAAAAUUUGGAGCCGCUUAUUGUCUUUUCGUUUAGCAAAAUGGAUUGCGAAUACUAUGCCAUGCAACUGAACAAAAUGAAUUUUAGUACGGAAUCAGAAAAGGCGGCUAUUGAACUUGUAUUUAAUAAUGCCAUUGAGAGCCUUUCCGUGGACGACCGAAAUCUUCCACAAGUUCAGAUUUUGCUACCCGUAUUACGUCGUGGAAUCGGUAUACAUCAUGGCGGACUGUUACCUAUACUCAAAGAAAUUGUUGAAGUGCUAUUUGCUGAGGGUUUUAUAAAAGUGUUGUAUGCUACCGAGACGUUCGCCAUGGGUCUUAAUAUGCCGGCUCGGACUGUGUUGUUCACAUCCACUCGAAAGUUUGAUGGACGCGAAUUCCGUUUACUUUCAUCUGGGGAAUAUAUUCAAAUGUCAGGACGUGCAGGUCGUCGAGGAAAAGAUACACGUGGCACAGUUAUAAUGAUGCUUGAUGAUCGUAUUAAUGCAGAUGAAGCUAGAAAACUCUUACUUGGUGAACCUGACCGUCUGGAUUCUUCUUUCUAUCUGACGAAUAAUAUGAUACUUAAUCUACUUCGUGUUGAGGAUAUCAAUCCAGAAAUAAUGCUCGUUAAAAACUUUCAGCAAUUUCAAUGCAGAUCUGAAUUGCCUUCUCUUGAAAAACGUUUACAAGACGUAGAAUCUGUUAUCAAGAACAUUUGUUUUCCAAACGACAUUGAUAUGGAACAGCUUGCCGCUUAUGUUAAACUUCAUCAUGCAGUUUCUAUUUGUGAAUCUGAGAGGUGGGCAUUGGUUUCAAAAAGAAAAAGUAUCAUACCUUUCUUUCAGCCUGGUAGAGUGGUUCGAAUUCGGAAUGUGGACGAUUUGGACUUUGGAUGGGGAAUUGUUGUGCACGUAAAUCGGUGUGAUUCUUCAAUGACACAUUCUGUGAAUCGAAAAUCCAACAGAAUGUCAGUCAUUUGUCUUAUGGAAGUGGCUGAAGACCACAUUCUAAAUAAUUUAGAUUCUAAAAGGAAACCGUUACCUUUUUCGUUUGUUAAACCUGCCGAUGGUGAUGACUCUCAAACUGAUACAUCUACAUCAGUUAUUCAACUGGUUUCUGUCCCCGUAGAUUGUUUGUCUGAUAUUUCAAGCGUUUGUCUCAAGCUAAACGCAUUAUUAGAGUGUGACGAUCAGAAUUCCGAGUUGUUGUGUAAUAAACUUUCAGUUCAACCAGCUCAUGUAAAGCGGCGCAUUUGGGAAGGUGUCGAUCGUGCUAAAUUAAAAUUAGGUGGAGCACUUCCGGUAUUGGAUCCAAUCAAAGAUCUUAACAUUAAAGAUAAUCGUGUUAAGCAACAUUGCGAGACAAUCAAUUUAUUAAAAGCACGAAUGUCUAUGAACCCAAUUUCAAAACGUGCUGAUCUUGACAGUCUUAUUGAUCGCUUUAAUUGGAAAGCUACCAAUUUGAGGAAACUCGAAAAACUUCGCGAAAGUAUAAACCGAACAGAUUCCCUUUCACAUUUUGAUGAACUGCGUGCAAGAAAAAGACUCUUGCGGAGACUAUGUUUUUGUUCAGAGGAUGAUGUAAUCGCAUUAAAAGGUCGUAUUGCCUGUGAAAUUUCAACUGGUGAUGAAUUAAUACUGACUGAGUUACUGCUGGAUGGGUUCUUUUCACAAUUCUCACCAGUGCAACUUGCAGGUGUCAUGUCAUGCUUUGUAGCAGAAAAACAAACAAAACAUCACAUGAUUAAUCUGAGUCCUGUUAUGACGAAGGCUAUAAAAAGUAUCCACGAUAAGGCACGAUAUCUUGCGAAAAUGUCUGCUGAAUGCAAUAUUGUUAGUGAGCGUUACACGCACCACAGUAACGAUGAGAAACAACCAACGACUUUGGUCCACAAUGCUGGGGAUAGCAGAAAUAGUCUUUUGGAUGAUGAACAAGCUUACGUUAAUCGUUUCGUCGGUGACUUAAUGGAUGUUGUAUGUGCUUGGGCUGAAGGUGUGAGUUUUUCUCGACUUUGUGAAUUGACAAGUGCGUUCGAAGGUAGUGUGAUUAGAUGUAUCAGAAGGUUGGAAGAACUUCUACGUCAAAUGCAUAAUGCAGCAAAAGUAGCAGGAAACUCAGAAUUGGAAAAUAAGUUUUUAGAAGCUGUAAUCCUGAUUAAAAGAGAUAUUAUUUUCUCUGCGAGCUUAUAUCUUUAA